GACAGCACAAGUCGAAGGUAAAGAUUGGCGACAAGAACUUUACAUCUUCCUCAUGGCAUACCGCACCACACCACAUUCCACAACUGGAAUCAGCCCAGCUGACGCAUUCUUUCAAAGGAAAGUACGAUGCAAACUGCCAACUUUAGGGUUACAAGAUACCCCAGUUUUCGACGGACAUAUGCGAGAUGAAGAUUUGCGAAAAAAGGAGGAAGGGAAAAGACAUGGAGAUAUCGCAGUAAAAGCACAAACCGACGAUAUAAAAGUAGGAGACAAAGUACUGUUACGCCAGCAGAAGACCAAUAAAUUGACUACCACUUAUGAAUGGCAACCUUAUAACGUGAUCAGCAGAGCCGGAGCAGAAGUAGUUAUAUCCAACGGGAAUAAGACACUCCGACGACACAUCUUUCACACGAGACCAUACGAGGAAGGACAAACACCCUCUGUACAAGAGAAAGAGUCGACUAACGACCUUGACGAACAUUUCCCUACUCAACAGGCAAAACAGACAACUAAAGAAGGAAGACCAAGAAGAGAGAGACAGCCACCUGUCCGCCUGAAAGACUACAGCUUAUCGUAGGCUUGACUGACAGACAGUUACUUUGAGUUAGUAAUAGAGUAGUGAGAAAAAGGAGGGGUUGUAGUAUAUUAGAGUAUUGUAGUACUAUAUACGGGUACUAUAUACGGGUUAGUUAGAGUGUUGAGUUGUGUUGAGUGUGCAGAACAAUAGAUCAAC